GCUCCGGCACGUGAGCGGCGGCACGCGCGGGGAAGCACACCCGGAGGGCUCCAGAGCAUUAACCCCUGCUCCCUUCCAACGCGAUUCUACAGCCGUCGGAUCCCCAUCCACGUCAUCGAUCCGCGUACUCUCCCUGGUCUGGACGGCUCCGAUCGCGUCCGAGUAGAAUCCCAAGCAACUCUCUCUCCGAGAUGAAGGGGGGAGCGACGGUGGAGGACGAGAGGGAGACGGAGAUGGCGGCCAAGGCCAAGAAAGAAGAGAAAGAAGAGGUCAAGGUCAUGAAUGGCCAUGGUGCCAUCGAUGAUGAUGGGGGUGAUGAUGAUGGUGAUGAGGAGGAGGAGCCGGAGGAGAUGGUGGAGCUGAAUGAUGUUGAUGAGUAUGAGGAUGGUGAUGAUGAUGGAGAGGGCGAAGAGGACGAUGAUGACGAUGAAGACGAUGAUGAUGAGGAGGGGGAGGAUGAUUCUGAUGAUGAUGUGCAGGAGAUCUUCCCGCAUGGGACUGGACCCCAGGCUCAGUCGGUGGAUGAUGAUGAUGAGGAGGAGGAGGAAGAGGAGAGUGAUGAUGAGGAUGACGGAGAUGACGACGACGACGAUGAUGGAGAGGAGGAAGAGGAGGAGGAAUUGGGAACAGAAUACCUUGUCCAGCCAGUAGGCCGUGCAGAAGAUGAAGAAGAUGCAAGUGACUUCGAACCAGGUGAGGAGAAUGAUGAUGACGAGGACAUUGAUGAAGAUGAUGAUGAGGAUGAUGCUGGAAAGGAACAGACCUCUUCAAAGAGGAAGAGAUCAGCUGAGGAUGACACUGAUGAUGAUGAUGAUGAUGGUGAUGAAGAUGCUGAGAGGCCAUCGAAACGAUAGUGUGUCUGUUGCUAAAUUGGCUGUUUCCAUUGACUUACAUGUUAAGGUUCUCACAAACUCAUCUCCCAAUUCUUUAUGGUAGAAUAUAUUUAGGAUUGAUGUGUCUCAGUUGGGGAUAGUAUUUGGUAUAGAAGCUUUUCUCGCAGUGUGGGGACAUGCCUUAGGCGCUCUCUACAAUGUAGAACAUCCCUGUGACCCCGUGAAGGGUAUUUCCACCUUCACAAGGAGCCCGUGUGAAGCUAUUUAUAAUUUUUUCCCCUUCUUGUCAGUUGGAAUCUCCAUGUACCUUGUAGUACUUUGCUCAUUAGAGGCUUUUGCUAAAAUGUUAAUUUGCAGAUGUCUUUGGUUAUUUGGGAUGGUGUAUGUUGUUGAUAUCUGAUUCCCUUCUGU